AUGUGGAGCGCCGACCUCUGCACCUCGUCCAGCAGCGCCAACCUCUGCACCUCGGCCAGCAGCCCCGGCUUCAGCACCUCAGCCGGCAGCGCCGGCUUCAGCACCUCAGCCAGUUCCUCAGCUGCCCUCCUCGUCUCCGGCUAUGAUGACGUCUACCGCUGCCACGCCGCCGAUGACGUGUUUGCAGAGUUUCAUCGUAUUACAAAUGUGAAUCUACGCAACCAGUUCUACUGUGAACUUGACCGCUACACACCAAAACUAGUUGCAUUGUAUGGACAGAAGUCCUCAAGGACUGGAAAGAGAGCAGAGGCACUGCAAGAGAUGCUGAGAAUUUAUGACUUGGAGGAAGAACAUGACAUCAACAUGCGACACACUCUGGUUCUUCAUGGACUUCCAGUGUAUCUCCAGGAGGAUGACACUGAAUUCUACAAAACCUGUAAUGGCGAAGAUGAAAUGGAGACCACUGACACACCACUGGCGUUACUCUCUGUGGCCCCUGACUCCACUGGUUCCAGCAGCUUCAGCCCGGAGAACAUAUCCAUCGUGAUAGAGGAUAAAGUUGUUAUGAGCGAGCUUCCCAGGUUGGCUGAUGCAUUUGUGGUGCUGCUUGGUUUAUUAUAUGCAUUACACUUAGAUUAUCCAAAGAAACUCACUCACACAUUCACAUUCAUCCAGAAAGUCCGGCUGUGUCUGGAUGAUAACAAAGCACUGAAACCAUGCCUACUCUACCAGAAAAAUGAGUUGUUAAAGGAGUAA